AUGGGUUCCCUUUCAUACCGCGAUGCCAUCUCCAUCCUUCAAUUGAUUGCUUUCCUGCCCUCUUUUUUUGUGGCAGCUUUCUUAGUCUUCCGCCAUGGUAUACGCACCAGUGGUGGCUUUAUCUUCCUCGUUAUCUUCUCAAUUGCCCGCAUUGUCGGCGCAUGCUGCGAAUUGGCCACUAUCAAAAACCCCUCUACCGGUCUCUAUACCGCUGCCGCCAUUUGCAGCUCCAUCGGACUGUCCCCACUCCUGAUGACAUGCUCGGGUCUGCUAUCAAGAGCAAAUCUAUCCAUGCUCCCCGCACCCAUUUCUAGGCUCGCCUUCUCGCUUUUCCGAAUCGUCACCAUCGUAGCGUUGGCACUGACGAUCUCCGGUCUGACGGGGCACAUGACCGUGGAGGGCAUGGAACAUCCCAACACAACGGUCAAGGUCGGCAUGGUCCUGUACGUUGUCAGUUGGGUUGCUCUAUGCGCGAUACUGGGGGUUCUUUUCGUGUGCCGCUCUUCCUUCGCACAAGGCGAGAAACGUGCCCUGCUGGCUGUGGCAAUCUCGGCCCCUUUGUUGCUUGUGCGCAUUAUUUAUGCCAUGCUGGUUUUCUUCCUUGCCAACUCAACGUUUAACGCGCUGAAUGGCAACAACACAGCUCAGCUGUUUAUGUCUGUGUUGGUGGAGAUUGGUGUGGUGGUUGUCUGCUUGGUUAUUGGGUUUACAUUGAAGGUUCGCAAACCGAGCCAGGACUUCAAGUCUAUUCCUGUUAGGGAGAUGGCAUAG